UUGAGAAAUGUAGGUAUUGUAUCUUAUGUAUGCACAGGUUUUUGUCAUUUAUUCACUAUUAUACAACUAUAGAUAAAGUUCGGUUUCAGUUUCUAAGUUUUCUAAUAAAAUCGCCAUCAUGGAAGAUGAUCCUACUUCAAAAAAGGUUAAAGUUCAGCAACUGAAGAUAUUAACAGUGAAUCUCACAAGGAUGUCGUCCAGGAAAAGAAAACCAUUCAGCCAGCUCUCUGGAGACGAGACCCAAAAUGCUGUGGCAACCAAAAAGUCCAAAGUGGCCGAACGUACAUGCGAAAGACGUGCCGGAACCAUAAACUGCAUGAUUCUAAAAAAUUUCAUGUGCCACUCUCAUUUAGAAGUUAAAUUUGAGAAUAUAAUUUUUGUGACUGGUAGAAACGGCAGUGGAAAAAGUGCUAUCUUAACAGCAUUGGUUCUAGGCCUUGGAGGUAGAGCUACGCUUACUAAUAGAGGUAGUAGUGCUAAAGGGUUCGUCAAAGCAGGAAAACCUUCGGCUAGCAUAGAAAUUGAAAUUUGCAAUGAAGGACCUAUGGCUUAUAGGCAAAGCGUCUAUGGUGAUGCUAUCCAUGUAAUUCGAACUUUAAACGCCAAUGGGGGAGGCAGUUAUAAGGUACGCUCCGCCAAUGGUGAAAUAAUAUCUACACAAGCUAGCGAAGUUCACAACAUAACAAUAAAUUUGAACAUUCAAGUAGAUAAUCCUAUAUGUAUAUUGAACCAAGAUACCUCUAGGAAUUUUCUAAGCAGUAGUAACCCUAAAAAUAAGUAUACGCUAUUCGUGAAGGCUACUAAAUUAGAAACGCUUGAAAUAGAGUACAAAAAAAUACAAACUAAUAAGAAAGAGUCUGAGAGGGUAAUGAGAGAGAAAACUGAAGCAUUUCGUAAACUUCAAGAAGAGAUUAAGAGUUUGAAAAGAAAAAUAGAAAAUCACAAGUCUAUAUUAUCGUUAAAAGAUCAGAAGGAAUUGCUACAUAGAGAACUAAUGUGGGCAAAGGUUAGAGACAUCGAAGAUGAAUUAGAAAACCUACAAAAGAAUGUUGAUGCCCUAAAUGAAAAACUUGCAAAUUUCCAAAAUACAUCAGAGAAAAGAUUAGCAGAGUUGAAUAGUUUCACAAAAAACAUACAGGGAAAAGAAACAGAGAAGAAGGAAUUAGAGGCACAGUUAAAUAUUUUAAAAGAGCCACUAAAUGACAUUCAGUCUAAAAUAGAUGACAUGCAAAGGGAUCUUUCAGCUAAAAAGAGAUCAAAACACCAAAUUUCGACUUCGAUACAAAACAAAAAUUCUGAUAUUGCUUCUUUAGAAAAAGAUAUCGCAGCGUCUAAAGAAAACAUGUCCAAAGUUGAGAAAAGAAAGAUGGAGAGAAUAAAAACCCUUGACGGUCUUCAAACUAAAUUGAAAGGUAUGGACGACCACUUAGAAACCGCCAAAAACGAUUUGUUUCAGAUCAGGGGUGACCUUUCUCAUAAAGAAAACGAAGAGACAGCCAUUAAAGAAGAAAUUCGUGAAAUUGAUAGAAAUAUGAAUAACGAAAAGGAAAAUUUAAAUGCGUUAAGUUCAGAGUCUGGGAAUACGUUGUUGUUGUAUGGUAGAGAUAUGCCCGGCAUCAAGAAGAUGAUACAGCAGAACAUAAGGAAUUUUCGGCAAGAACCAAGGGGUCCUCUAGGUUCCUAUAUUAAAAUAAAAGAUAAAAGAUGGACGGUUGCUGUAGAGGGACAUCUCACACCUUCCCUUCUUGGUGCCUUUGUGGUCGAUAAUAAAGAAGACAAUCAGCGCCUUCGAGAAAUCUUCAAUAGGGUGCUAGGAAAGAGUAACCACCCUCAGAUUAUAACUUCCAAAUUUAUUUCGAAGAAACAUAAUGUUUCCGCUCACUUGGUCGUUGAGCCUUCCGAUUGCAAGAGUUUGUACAACGCCAUCGAGAUCGACGACCCCGUCGUAUCCAACGCCAUCGUCGACAACAGCAGUCCGGAGAAUAUUCUGCUGAUACCUUCUGACACCAGAGCUCAGGAGCUACUGUCUGACAGAAGGAACGUACCUAGAAACUGCAAUCAAGGGGUUACCAUUAAAGGUGAUAAGUAUUAUCCCGAUCCGAACUAUAAAUCAUACGCAUCAUCAUACCAUCGGGCCAAAUUUCUGCAAGUCGACACCAAAGAAGCCACCCAGCAGUUGCAGCAAAACAUCAAGCAGUUGGAGAAUAAGUUUGCCGCUAAAGUUCAGGAAUUGCAGGAACAUAGAGCUACUAUGAGAGAACGGAUGCUUAGGAGGAACGAGUUGGAGAAGAAAGUAAAAGAUGUGAACACAGCCAGAGCUCAAAUAAGAAGACAACUCGAAGAGCUGAAUUCCAGCGUGGAACCGGAAGUACAAAACGUUCAAUUUCUGGAACAAGAGAUGGACGAAUGCCGACGAACGAUCAACCAAAAGCAGGCAGAAUUAGAACGAAUCAAUGAGGAAAUCCGAGCCGUCAAGCAAAACAUUAACGAAGAAGGAAAUAGGACCUCCGAUCUAACCAAAUCAGUCAAACAAUUGGAGGCAAGAAUAAGAUCUGUCAACGAUGAAAUUCGAGAAAUACGAAGCAAACAAAAAGAUAUGUCGACCAAUGGAGAAUUCGAUAAAAAAAGGAUCAAAGAUUACGAAUCGAGAAUAGAGUCUGCAAUGCCAGAUAUCAGGCAAAAGCAAAACGAUUUAGAGAAGUGUACUGGAGAGGCAUUAGCCAUAGGAGAUCGUCUAGAGGAAUUGAGAAGAGUACAGGCCAUUGCAAAAGAAAUUAACGACGUGAAGAAUAAGAUUUCCAGCAUUGAAAGCGAAGCCGAGAAUCUAACUGACGUUGUGGACAAACACAAUACACUUUCAGACAAGUACAAGAAGUCCGUAGCUAUAAUGGAGAGCCUCAACGACGACUUGAACGAACUAAGUCGAGCAGUGGACCGAAGAAAGAAGCACUACAAGCUAACCGAAGCUUAUUUUGUUACGUUUAUGAAAUGUUCUUUCGAGAAGAUACUAAAACAUCGACAGUUUAAAGGAACUUUGGAAAUCAACAUCGCAGAGAAGAAACUGGAUCUGAUAGUCAUUCCUCAACACGGUUCUCAAGGACAAACAACAACAGCUAAUUUGUCUGGUGGGGAGAGGUCGUUUUCCAUGGUUGCUUUCCUCUACGCAUUGUGGCAAUGCAUGGAGCUACCUUUUUAUAUUCUAGACGAGUUCGACGUUUAUAUGGAUAAGUUGAACCGUAUCAAAGUCAUUGACAUUCUUCUACACCACGCUAAAUCCAAAACUCAGCUGCAGUUUGUGUUUUUGACACCGCAGGAUGUUUCUUUUGUUAACCAAGAGGUGCCGAUUUUGAGGUUGGAAGAUCCUGAAAGAUUUGAUUCUCAAAAUUAAUGUUGAUUAGCAAUAGUCAUUAUUUAUGGUUGGUACCAGUGAUCAUAGUGAUAAAAAUAGUUUUAAACUCUGAUUCACUUGUGAUUUUUUUAUUUUUGAUAAUUCAACUUAGAUGUUUACACAAAUUUUUUCAAUGAUAAUGAUAAUACAUUCCUUGGCUAUCUUUCUUUAUGCGACAUUUAUUUCUUUUGCACCUCUUGACAGGCCUGUACAGGAUUUAUAUUAGCAUUUAAAAAUUAAAUCGAUAUGAAUCGAUCCUGGCAGCAUCGCCAUAUGGUGGUUGGGGUUGUUACCCCCGACGAGGGCGUUGAUUUGUAAAACACUAUUUACCAAACAAGUAUUUAUUUGUCAACUAAAUAUACCAGUAACGAGUUGGUGGGCAAAGUCUAUAUUCUAACUACUUCAUGUCUAAAUAAUGAAUGAUGAAUAAAUCAUGAUAUGUGCAAUACUUUUUCCGUAUCUAUAAAUAAACUCGUAAUUGUUUUGUUAUGAUUUUGACGACACGAUUGUGACCGUGAAAUACUCAUAAUAUCAAAAUCGCUGACUGAGGUGUUCUCGAACCGAUUGGCCUACAUUGUGAAAUAAAUGUCACCUAGUUAUUUUACUAUAAACAAUAAUGUUUGUUUAAGACCUUUAAAAAUUAAAUCGAUAUGAAUUGCUGUUAUUUUUGAAUGCUAAUAUAAAUCCUGUACAGGCCUCUUGCACAUUCGGCACAAAUACUAUUUCUUCCACCUUUCACUUACACCAAGAUAUUGUUUUUCAAUGGAGAGUUCAGACUCGGCAAAUAGUUUUUUAUUCAACAAAUUUCAAAUAUUUCACCAUUCCAUGGCUACUUUCCAGUAGCUUACAUUGAGAUAUCUCAGGCCGCCAUUAACUUCAUGACUCCAUCUUGUCAUAGGCCUUUGUCUUCUCUUUUUACUAUCUAUUGUAGCGCGCCUAACAAGAUUUUUGGCAUUCUAACUUGGACAUAUCCUAACCAUCUUUGUGUUCUUACUACUGCAAUUAUAUUAGCCUCUUUAUACAGGGUGUUAGUAAAUAAGUAUGAAAAACUUUAAGGGGUAAUUCUACAUGAAAAAAUAAUGACAGUUUGCUCGAUAAACGUAUGUCCGCAAAUGCUUCGUUUCCAAGAUACGGGGUGUUGCAAUUUUUCUUACAAACUGCGAAUUCUUUUAUUGCUCUAACACCUUUUAAUUUAAGCUAUGAAAAUUAAAUUUGGUGGGGUUUAAGAGAUAGUUAUUGCGCAUUUUUUGGCAAACAAAUAACAAUUCAUCAUUGGCGCGCCUACGGGUAAUGGUCUGAAUUUUAUUAAUGAAAAAAAUAGUACGCCACUGAGAUAUUUCAAAUUAAAAAUUAUUUUUGUAUUGCACGUUUAAUUUAUGAUAAAAACCUUUCUUGUCUUUUUUCAUAUGGUGCAUCAUUUUUAUGCAAAAAAAUAAAACUCCUUCGCGCGUAUUUUUCAUUUCGUAAUACAUUAUCAAGAACUCUCCAAUAUAAUAAUGCCAAACUAGAACAAUAACAGAAAAUAUUUCUAAAAAGAUUUUAACUAUGUGAAAGGCUACAACAAAUGUUCAAAAUUACCUCCUUUAAAGGUGACAGAGUAAUUUUAUAUUCACCAUUGACGCGCGUACUGUUAAUGGCCGGAAUUUUUUAAAGAAAAAAAUAGUACGCCACUGAGAUAUGUCCAAUUAAAAAUCAUUUUUGAAUUCC